AUGGCGGUGGCUGGCGAAGGUCGCAGCUCCGAGCUGGGGCAGGCCUCUGUGCCGGGAGGCACUGGCGACACCUCCCUCCUCGGCAGCGCCACAACGUGGCCCCUGAAACGCUACGGCCGCUUCCUACCCCCGACGGACGGCGACGACGAAGGGCAAAACACCUCCUCUUGGAAGGUUUUUGAGUCAAAUGAAGAAUCAGGCCAUCUUAUCCUUACCAUUGUGGUAUCUGGCCAUUUCUUUAUUUCCCAAGGGCGAACAGUACUGGAAGGCUUUUCAUUAAUUGAUUCCCACAAGUGGCUAAAGAUAGUAAGAAGAGCAAACUGCCUGCUGCUUUGUGCACAGUCAAAGCAGAAUGAAUGCCGCAUGUUUCGUGUUCAGUUUGGUGGAGAUUCAAAAGAGCAGAUGCUGGAACACUGCUGCACUUGCGUUCAGAAACUUGCAGAGUACAUACCAGUUCAAGUAACUGAUGAACAAAGCCAGAAGCUCUAUCACAGUCUCAAUCAGCUGGCUAAUGGUGAAAAUCAAGCAAAGGACACUGAACAAAAUGCAUCAGUACUACAUACACCAGAUGAGCCUCUAUCAGAUUCCUGUACAAGCCUUGGAGAAAGAAGAUCUCUAACACAGCUAGCGCAGUCUGUGCUGAAAAAGAAGUCUGAGCUCCCCCUUGUGUAUCAGCAUUCGGCGUGGCGUGCACAAGAGCUGAGGCCCUUCAUUCGCUUAUGCCUUAUGGAUCAGAAUUUCCCAGCUUUUGUGGAAGAUGUGGAGAAGGAAUUGAAAAAACUUGUGGAAGGUUGA